AUGGCCACCCAUGUCCCACAGAACACUGUGCUGUACUGCGUGGCUAUCUGCGCUCCCCACCUCUACCGCUACUUCAGGACAAGAUCGAGGCAGACAGUUUGUCGUGUGCUGCUCGCAGUUGAACAGCCGACUGGCAAUCUGCUCUGGUUCAAUCCCAAGAGUGGUUUCCUUUCCUACCGUUUUCACUCAGAGGAGAGAGGUGGUGCAGAUAUGGCGCAGUGGAACGGCAUGGAGCAGGCAGCGACCAUCGCGCAGCUGGUGGGAGUGGAUGCGUUGGGGCUCAUCUCGACGAUUGUACAGGCAGCACAGACAGUUCAGCGCAACAAGGAGACCUGCCAGGAGCUUGUGCAGGAUGUGCAGUUGAUAAAUGGCCUGCUACGGAUGCUGCAAAACCCAGAGAUGAUGCAGCGAGAAGAGAUUGUAAACGCACUCAAUGGACUGGAGGGGACGCUCCGGGAGGCGUACAGCCUCGUCAGCUCCUGCCAGGACUGCAGCACCACAUAUCGCAUAUUCAUGGGAUGGAAACACACUGACCAGUUCCGACGUGUGAAGAAGAAGAUUGCCAAGCACCUCCGCUUCUACCCUAUGAUCUUCCAUGCUGACAUAACUUGUCGUCUCGAAAGAAUAAGCAAUGGCACGCUGUCGACGUGCUCAUCUCAGGACCAAGGAGGAGUGCUGACAUCAUCUACCAGCCACUCAAACUCUGAAGCUCGGACUGAAUGUAGUUUAUGGCCUGUUGAAUUAGAAAAAUCGCAGACAUGCAGGAGCGCUGAGUCCAUUGCAGUUGAGGAACACCAGCUAACAAGUCACCAGGAAAUUGCUGAACCUUUUGCCAGGAAGCAGAGGUUCCGGUGGGGUCACUGUUUGCCCUGGAAAAUGGUAGAAACAGCUCCUUGUAUUCAUGAACUCAACGGACCAGGGUUUUCAGGUUUCCAUUUCUCCCAAUUAUUGGCUGCUACAAAUAAUUUUGCAUUCCGAUGCAAAAUUAGAAGUUGUGGAUAUGCUGAUGUGUAUAAGGGACGAUUGGACAGUGGACUUGAAGUCAUGAUCAAAAGAUUUUAUCAAAAUAACUCCCAUUCUUCACUCACAUUUGAAAAUGAAGUCCGCUUUCAUGCAAAGCUUCUACACAAAAACGUUGCUAAGCUCAUUGGAUGUUGCAGUGAAAGAGGAGAAGCACUUUUAGUCUAUGAAUCUCUGCCAAAUGGGUGUUUGUCUGACGCGGUAACUGGGAUAGCCCGUGGGGUGGCCUAUCUACAUGAUUGCUGUGGGAUACAAAUUAUGCAUGGGGAUUUAAAUCCACAAAGGAUUCUCUUAGAUUCUUAUAUGACUCCUAAGAUUACUGAUUUUGCUUUUGCAAAAGUGUGUAGUCCGGAUGGGCGUGAAAGACACAAGCGUAGUUUACUCGGUACAAGGGGUUAUAUGGAUCCUGGAUAUGUUAUUAACCGUAUUUACUCAGUGAAGAGUGACGUGUAUAGCUUUGGUAUCACUCUUCUUGAGAUAAUUACUGCAAAGAGGCCCGAUGCACUUUUCAAGGAUGCAGGUGAUCUUCUCAGAUUGCCGACAAUGGCAGAAUCAAUGGAGAUGUACCACAUGAUAGAUCCAGCAUUGCAUGGUGAAUCAAGAAUGACCGAGAUAAUGAAAUGCAUUCAGAUCGCAUUAUGGUGCUCCAGGCCCAAUGCGGGAGACCGGCCCAGCAUGUGGGAUGUUCUUCUGAUGCUCAGCUGCGAGAGUGCAACCUUACGUGUGCCGGAGCCAUUCCAGAGCCAGUGUGACACACAGGAGCUGUGUGAAGGGGUGCUAUCGGAUUCAGAGAUAACUGAACCAAGAUAG